ACGAUGUGUUUUUCAUGAAUAACUACUCUCUCAUGCAUUGGUCAUCUUUGCUGCAAAGGGGCAAAGAAGUACUCAAUGUCGCCAAGCCCAUUGUUCCUACAAUGAAUCAGACUGGAUCGUUAUCGCAGUCUGUAUCAAGAGUCCAGAUAAGUACCAUGGCAGUUAAAGACGAUUUGAUAGUUGCUGGAGGGUUCCAAGGGGAGCUUAUCUGCAAGAGAGUCAACGAACCUGAGGUUGCGUUCUGCACAAAACUAACAUCAGCUGAAAACGACAUCACCAAUUCCGUUGAUAUAUACAACACUCCCAAUGGCUCGUUAAGGGUUAUGGCUGCGAACAAUGACUGUACCAUCCGGCAAUUUGAUGCCACAAGCUUCACCUUCCUCAACAAUUUCACCUUUGAUUGGUCUGUAAAUAACAUCUCCACCAGUCCAGACGGCAAGUUAGUGGCUGUUCUAGGGGACAGUACAGAGUGCUUACUAGCCGAUGCCGGAUCUGGAAAAGUGAUUCACGGACUAGAAGGCCAUCUGGACUACUCGUUUUCGUCAGCAUGGCACCCAAACGGACAGAUCCUAGCUACUGGUAACCAAGAUACAACCUGUAGGCUAUGGGACGUAAGGAACCUGUCUCAAUCAUUCAAAGUGCUGAAAGGAAACAUGGGAGCAAUCAGAGCCUUGAGGUUCACGUCUGAUGGACGGUUCUUAGCCAUGGCUGAGCCAGCAGACUUUGUUCACUUGUUUGACACGGAAGCUGGUUAUAGUCACUGUCAAGAGAUUGAUCUGUUUGGAGAAAUCGCGGGAAUCUCGUUUAGUCCAGACACGGAAGCACUGUUCGUGGGAGUUGCUGAUCGCACGUACGGUAGCUUGUUGGAGUUCAAUAGAAAGCGAAACCACUCGUAUGUUGAUUCCAUAUUCUGAUCAGACCCCCAUCGUUAGAUGCAAAAUAUGUAUUGUACAUAUCCUUUUCGGAACUAUUAUACGAGUGUCAGUGAGAUUAUCAUGGUCUUUGGGAGGGGUUUAAGUCUUUGUUUUUGUCUGACUUCCCCUUUGUCAUGUUAAUGUGGUUUUUGGAAUUUUUCAUCUUUUCUCUAUGUUAAGUCAUGAUUUUGACUA